AUUAUUGUUUUACUCACAUUCUUACAGCCCAAAUAUUCAUUCUUUUCCCAGACUUUUCUAUUUCUUAGCUUCUCAGAAUUCAUGGAGUGGUCCCAAGAGAUGUUCUUUACAGCUUUUCUGAUUGCUGCAGCAGCCAUUCAUGGAGUUCAUGGAUAUGGAUUGAUUACUGGCAAUGUUUUCUGUGACCAAUGCAAAGAUGGGCAAGUCUCCCUUUUCGAUUAUCCCUUAAAUGGAAUAAAAGUGGGAAUUGCAUGUCCAGGAAGUGAUGAGCAAUUCACAAUGUGGAGAGAAGAAACAACAAAUUGGCUUGGCAGUUACUCUAUAAAGCUUGACGGCACCCCAGAUUUGAGUGGCUGUUAUGCCCAAGUUUCAGGGAAUGCACAAGGAUCUUCAGGCUGUGGAGCAGCAGCUGGUCCAGCCAUGUACCCAAGAUUAAUGUUUCGGAUGUUUGAUAUGGAAAUGUACACAGUAGAUCCUUUGCUUUCUCAGCCGGCACAGCCUAUGCCCUUCUGCCCGAGGUCGACUAGCCCUGUGGUUGCCCCAGCACCACCGGCAAGGCUUCUUCCACCUUUGCCUUGGCUUCCACCUUUGCCACCGUUACCCCGGUGGCCUCCAAUGCCUCCGGCGCCAUACUUGGAUGCUUCUGCUUGUUCUCACCUGAAGUGGAUGAUGCCAGAAUACAAAUGCUACUGGAAGGUGGUUUCUCCAGACACGAAAGUGGCUGUUAUUUUUGGGCUGGUCGCCAGCCGGAGAUAUGGAACAGACAUGACCCUGUGGGAAAGCAUGAAUGGGAGAGGUGAUCCAUAUAGGACUCUAUUAAGGGAAGGGACAACUGCUCUUCUUAAUUCCUACAGUAGUACACAGUUCCCUUACCACCCUUUAGCUGUAAUCCAGCAUAUGAAUUCGGCAUUAAUGGGGUCUACUAGGCAAGUUCUUCACACAGCCCUUAGUUUCUUGAGAGCAAAUUCUGGCACGGGAACCGGAACCCGUGCCGGCGGGGCUACCUGCGGAUUUACUCCUUGCAAGUGAGGCAGAAUUUGGUUUAUAUCAAUAUCUAUUUCUUCUUGUUAGUAUUCUAAUUGAGUAUUUAUGAGGUACAUUGGAGUUAUUAUUUGAGCACAAUAUUUUCAGAUGACUUCAAUUCUAUGGAGAAUAAGACAGGUUUUAUCAUUGUUGUCAAAUUAUUGCAAUGUAUUGACAUAUUAAUCAUUGUUAUUCUUGUGAUAUAAGAAAAUUGUCAUAUAGUCUACCUAUUCCAAGAAAAGGAAGCUUUAAGCAUAUAUUCAUUUA